AUGUCGCCAUUCUCAAAAUCGGUUCUCAUCACUGGUGGGACAACAGGUCUCGGCUUCCACGCAGCCACAGAGAUUGCCAGGCGCUAUCCCAAUUAUCAGGUUGUGAUCGCCGCACGGAAGGACGCCGACAAGAGUGCCGAUGCCAUAAAUACCAAACUCGGUCAGGACAAUGUACGAUUCAUGCCUCUUGAUCUCGCCGAUCUCAAGAACAUCCGCGCCUUCGUCAAGAGUUGGGAGGAGAAGAGAUACCCUCCUGUCGCCCACCUGCUAUUGAACGCAGCCCUCCAAUUUCCAGACGACGUCAAGUAUACCGCGGAUGGCGUCGAGGCUACCUUUGGGAUCACCGUCGUGGGCCACGCAUUGUUGUUCCAUCUGCUACAACCUCACCUUUCAGCCGACGCCCGCAUUGUGGUGACUUCGAGUGGCACCCAUGACCCAGAACAACGAAGUGGUCUUCCUGACGCGAGAUAUGACACUGCUGAAAGGCUUGCCCAUCCCGCUGGUGCCUCUCUCAAGUAUGAAGGUCGACAACGCUAUGCGACAGCCAAGUUGUGUAACAUCCUGUGGACAUAUGCCUUGCAUCGACGCAUACUGGCUCUCAACAAGAAGUGGACCGUCGUGGCUUUCGAUCCUGGGCUCAUGCCCGGAACAGGCCUGGCCAGAGAAGCGGGGCCACUUCUUCGCUUCGCAUGGUCCUACGUCUUGCCGAGGGCAGUUCCGAUUCUGCGCCGUGUCUAUCACCACAACAUCCAUCGGCCUCAGGAGUCAGGAUCCAAUCUAGCAUGGGUCGCAACUGCUGAGAGGGGGACCAGUGGUGUGUACUACGAGAUUAGGAAGCCCAUCAAGUCCAGCGUCGACAGCUACAAGGAAGAAAAGCAGGACGAUCUUUGGAACUGGAUGGUAGGAUUUCUCGCCGCAACCGACGAAGAAAGGCAGGAGUUCAACACUCUAUCUGUUGGAAGUCGCGGUGCUUAG